GCUUCCGUUUUGAACGCAAACUGAACUACUGGUGGUGAUUGUUACAGAAGCGGUUUGUUUUGCUUUUCAUUCCUUAGUUUUUAGAUGAGUGCAGUUUGUUUUGACAUUUGGUCUUUACGGUUUUGAAGUUAAUUCACGUAAUAAACACAAGCAAUGGCAAACCAUUAUUAGACCUAUACGGUCAUGAUGAAUAAAUAUUUGCUGCUUGGUUGGUGAAUUUUGCAGACUUAAUCAAAUAUGGCAAGACAGGGAGUAUCAAGAUCAAAGGUGAUCUCAUCAGGCAGACUGACAGCCUCUGGACGUGGACAGAUGCACAAGAAAAGGGUUGCUGGGAGAUGUGUUCCUCCUCUUGAACCAGCAUAUUCUCUUUAUUCUACAGACUCUGAAGAUCAGGUGACAACGAUGCACAAGGGACUCGACCGAUGUGCUGCUUUACUCAAUGGGAUACUUCAAGCUGAACAAGCAGAAUCAAAGCCCAAACCACAGGGAACAAAAACCUGCACCUUCAAAUCCAAACCCAAAAAUUUGUCAAGAAAAAUGGAAAUUGACAAGAAAAGGCAUGGGAAGAAGACAAACACAGCUAUACAUGCAAACAAAAAGCCAGCUCCAGUGCAGAAGACAGUUCCAUCUGCCAGUUGUCACCUGAGUUCAGCAGGGCGUCGUGAUCAGAACCCUGGCAUCAGAUGGGCACAAGUGUCACAGGAUUGUCCUUCAGGACUGACCCCUGUAACGCAAGCAGAACAUGAACAGCAAAACUCACUUCCACUGGCCUACUCUCAGCCUGCUGCUAGCUGUAAUAUUCCAUCUUCGGGUCAGGUUCACAAAUCCACUGUAUUUAACUGUCGGCUGACUACAUCCACACCUGCACUGAGCCCUCGGAGACCUGGAUCAGCUCACAGUGAACCUUGUUCUUCAAAGUGUGUGCUGAGCAGUGGUAUCUCAUCUGGGGAGUUUGAUCAGUUGAGGGCCAUGAGUGCUGCCACCUCAUCCUGCCCUCAUGGGUGUGCUUCUUUCUCCAUGCCUCCUGCAGUCCAACAGCAGUCUCCAGUUCCUGUAUCUCCUGUACAGAAUGGAUCCUGCACUCCAGUAGGGCAUGGGUUACCUGUAAUCACUGGCCCAAUCUGCAGUGUUCAUCAUCAGAUGGGAUCUGUAGAGCCAAGUGCCCCUUUGGCAUCAUCCACUGGAUCCUCAACCUGUCCCUCAUCUACAGUGCUAACAACACAGUUGCCCAACCAGCCCCAGGUCAGCCAGCCUCAACCUGAUCCAAAUAGACCAGUACUUAUUAUUUGCAAUGACCAGGAGCAGGAGAUCUGUUCUAAAGAAAGUUCAAAAGAGGGUGAUACUAACGGAGAGGAUGACAAAAAAGAUGGGAUGGACACUACACCUGUCAGAGACAUCAGCUGUGAGACCAGCCAUGAGAAAUUAACAGUUCUAAGUCACAAUGCCAAACCCACCAGUCCAGAGAAAACCGCACAGAAAGUGCUGACUGUUAAAUAUCUGCUGGGAGAGCUGAAGACUUUAGUUGCUAAUCAGGACAGUGACGCUGUGCGGCUGAUCUCUGAGGUGGAGCAGAGCAUCUCACUGCUUCCUGUCAUGGUGGGCAGCACUAACAUCCAGGCUGAGAUCGCACUCGUCCUACAGCCACUCAGGAGUGAGAAUGUACAGCUGCGAAGGCGUUUGCGAAUACUCAAUCAGCAGCUAUUAGAGAAAGAGAGAGCAGAACGGCGGAACAGGCCGGAGGCCUGUGACAUGGAGGUGGUUGCAUUGCAGUCUCUGAACCUCACUCUACAAACUCAGUUAAAUGAGAGCCGUAGAGAACUCGAUGAUCUGCAACAGGAGAACAUGAGACUACAGAAAGCCAUGGAGGACAAAGACAGUGACCUGAAGCAGCACAAAGACUUGUAUGAGUUAGAGAACAGCCGGCUAAGACUGGAGGUGAGUGAGGCAUUAGCUGAAAUGCAGAGUUGCCAAAGUAAACUUGGAAAGUAUGAGAUUGAGAAGAUGGACCUGACUUUGAGCCUUCAGCAGAGGGAGGCAGAGAUCAGCAGACUGCAGGAAGUCAUCAGGUAACUACAGAAAUCUGCAGAUAAGUCAUACAAAAGACACCAGCAAAUAUUCUCAUCAGCUGGACUUCGUCAACCAAACUCUCAGCUUACCAAGAGUGUUCUGGAAUUGCAUGAAAAUGCACAGAGGGAGACCGCCUUGUCAGACAAACUUUCAAACUCUGUGAAGACCUACCUUCAGACCCUGGAGGGCAUCGAACAGGCAUCUCCUCCCCGCCGAGUUUACUGUAGGUCCCAGACAUUACAACCUGCCUCUCCUGGUCAGACUGAUGGUGGAAAAGAUAACUUUGUGCCAGUCUGCUCUCCAUAUAUACGUAAACCAACCCUGGAAACCAUAGCUGAGAAUGUGGCUCAGUUAGAGGAGCAGAAACGAACGUUUGCCCCUUUAAGAGAGACUCCAGUGGUGCAGCUUGCCUCAGGAGUUGCUCACAGUAAUCCACUCACUCAGUGUAAUGAGCUGAUAACAUCCAAGAAUCAAAGGGAAGAUGUGGAUGCUCAUGUAAGCCUGAAAUAUAUGGGCCGUGCUUUUGAAAAGCUGGACAUCUCAGAUGGGCUUCACGUUCAGGAUGUGAAGAAUGAUGGCCGAGAUUACAUUUCAGAUCAUCACGGCAUGGCCUUACAUUUAAAUCAGAAAAAUAAGGGCCUGAACAGUCAGCUGGUGCAAUCCCAACAUGCCCGUCAAUGCCUAAGGAUGGGUGUUCAGUCAGCAUCCACUGGACGCCCUUCAGUGACGGAGAACACCUUUUCCUCUUGUGAUAUUAAAUCUUUAACCUCUGAUUGGAGCAUAAACUCCUGGUCCACGUUUAAUACACAGGAUGAGCAGAAUUUCAGGGAUGGGCUUGCAGCACUAGAUGCCAGCAUAGAAAGUCUGCAGAAGACCCUGAGAGUUGAUCUAAAGAAAUAAUUCUGUAUGACAAUGUUUGUAUUGUGUUUUUAAUUUAUUAUAUGUAAUUAGUGGAUGUUUUUAAGUGUCUCUAAUUUUUUUUAAUUAAAUUAUUAUGUGAAAUAUCAAAGAAUAUCACACGUCUCAGUGAUUUGUUUUUUUUGUUUGUUUUUUUCUUUGGUCCUAAGCUUGCUAGGAU